UAAAGCAUAAAUCUCAAUACAUGCGUUACACAGGAGUGGGUUACGAAACACUGAAGGAGAUGAUCACCAAUGAAAUCGAUAUCGCUUGCCACAAUGGCCCGACAAGCUGCACAAUAUCUGGCCCUACACCAAAUGUGGAACAAUUUAUCAAGACAUUGGAAGAAAAAGGAAUAUUUGUGCGAGCAGUGAACACAUCAAACAUCGCAUACCACAGUCGCUAUAUUACCCCGCUAGGCCAAAAAACAUUGACAUUGUUACAAAACGAAGUAAUAACCGAACCAAAACUUCGUUCAGAAAAGUGGAUAUGUACAUCAGCUCCAGAAUCCGAAUGGGAGAUGGAUCAAGUAAAAUAUUCUUCAGCCGAUUACCACACGAAUAAUAUACUUAACCCCGUAUUAUUUGAAGAAGGCUGUCGUCAUAUACCUAGCAACGCCAUAACCAUAGAAAUAGCUCCUCACGGUUUAUUACAAGCUGUACUGAAACGUUCGUUACCCAAAACUGUGACAAAUAUACCACUCACACUCAAAAACCACGAAAACGGAGUUGAGUUUUUUUUGAACUCGUUAGGCCGAAUGUACGAGGCUGGAUGUGUUCCAAAGUUGAGUGUCUUAUAUCCACCCGUGGAAUUUCCAGUUAGUAGAGCAACCCCAACAAUAUCUUCGCUAAUUAAAUGGCAGCAUGAUGAACAAUGGCCGGUUGGAAAACUCAAAAAUGAGUUGUGUUUCGAGCGAGAAUUCAAAAUCAGAACAAUAGAUGAUCAAUACAAAUUCGUAAAAGACCACGUUAUAGAUGGAAGGAAUUUAUAUCCCGGUUUAGGUUACUUGUGGUUAGUUAUAGAAACUGUAACUCGAAUGAGAAAUAAGAGAAAUUUGAAGACACCGUUAGUUUUGGAGAACGUUCGUUUUGAACGAGCAACAAUCGUUCCUCAGAAAGGACAUCUGAGAUUACUAGUAACAAUUGCCGCCGGUAAUAAACACUUUAAUGUAACGGAGAACGGCCAAAUUCUAGCUUCAGGGACAGUGAGAAUUCUCGAGAAUGCUGAUAAAGAAACGUUAAACGUACCCGUUCACAAUGAUGAUUCCAAUUCUAAUGAUGUAAACUUGAGUACUGAUGAUUUUUAUAAAGAAUUAAGGUUAAGAGGAUACCAUUAUAAAGGGUUAUUCAAACAAGUUGCUGGAGUGAAUUAUGAAGGUACUUAUGGCGAGAUAUUUUGGAAUGAUAACUUCCCAGUUUUUAUGGAUAACAUGGCUCAAAUACAAAUACUGCAUGUUGAUACUCGUGAACUUCUCAUACCAACGUUUGUACGUAAAAUCGUUAUUGACUUCGUGAAACAUUUCCAACAAAUAGAGUUACUAGAUAAAGACAAGCCUAAGUUGCCUGUUCAUUUUUCGCCGGAACAUCGUCUAGUGAGUUCCGGAGGUAUUCAGAUGGUUGGGUGGAGUUGUAAAACUAUUACUCGCCAAAAAAAUCUAGCUGAGCCAGUUCUGCAAAAAUAUCAAUUUAUACCCUAUAUCAACGACGAGGUUGGAAAUCAACUUCAAUCAAACCGAAUAAUUUGCUUAGGUAAUAGAUCAUGA